AGACAGUUGAUGGAUUGAACGCACGGACCCUGCAAGCACCACCACCAUCGACUGUAAUACUUCUCUACCGUCCUGAACGUCUCCAACUCUCAGAACUGGGUAUACAUAGUUAACAAGAGUCAUAACGAAGCGAGCCACUUAAGACAGACGGAGAACCAGACAAGGGAAGAGCAGUGAAGAAAAGUGUAAAAACGGACGGGAACUUCAACGUCUGAAGCACCGCCAUUGCGAAAGAGCCACUUGAAGACAGACGGUGAGACGGGGACCAAGGAAGACAGGCGGAUAGACAGAGACCAAGGGAAGAAAUAAGUGAAGAAAACUGUGACAACCGGACGGGGAACUCAACUAAUCGAACCAGGAAGUGAAAAAAAAAGUCGCUGUGAUGUCGGGGUGGUUUGCUCCUGGGAUUCUCCUCCCGUGGCUGAUAGUGGUGGGCUUCAUCGUAACCUUCUUUAUCAUCUUCUGCAUCUUCUUCUGUUACUCCAUUAAGCACGAAGAGGAGAGUACGGUUUACAAAGUACGGGACCCCCACGACGUACUGGACGGGAGGCCAAAGACGGGAGAUGACAUUGAGAUGGACACAUUCUCCCAUACCAGUACAGCCGAAGCGGGGCACAGCAUGGAGACGUCAAUGGGUGUGGAGGAAGCCGACACUAAGAGGACUCCGCGGGUGCUAAGAGGAUUGCCGUCACCGCAGGAGCGCCUGAUGGAGGGGGUACAGGGUAGGGCGAGUCUUAAGGACAAAGUGCUGUCCGGCAGCCGGGGAGGACAAAGCUCAUGGGCGUACGUCAACCUGGCUUACGAGAAGGAUGUUGAUCUUAUCCUUUCUCCAGAGACGCUGAAGAGGCGGAGGGAGGAGAGGAUGGCACGCGAGGAGAAGCUGGGAGAUGAGAUGGGAGGCCGGAAGGACGAGAGGGAAGGGAAAAAAGCAAAGGGGCUCGGAAGAACGGAGUCUGGCGGGAAAACUGAGGGACGCGGAGCAAGGCAGAAGGUUGAAAUGAAAACCUUUGGACGCGGCUGGGAGACACGAGGCGGGGAGAGAAGGAGUGACCGAGCCGGGGACAAGAGCUACGGUACUAUGAAGAUCAAAAAGACAUGGGCCACUUCGAAGAGCUGGCCGCUGAGUAAGGAGGAGAGAAGCGAAGACAAACAGGCUGAGGGAUUUGAGCGGAGCCAAAUCCUUCGGGGUUAUGAGAAUCUAUCGAGGGAUGAAGGCGAUGGAAGCGGAGUAUUCAGACUCAAGGACCUAAGGAGGGAAUGGGAGCGGGUUAGCUGGAGGAAGGGAAGAAGAGAGAGCGGAAGCAGCAAAACAAGCGAAGGAAGUUUAGCGGGGAGUGAGCCUGAAGGUGAAAAAGUGUCCCCAAGAGAUAGUGAGACAGAAGAUGUGAGGAGCGGAUCAGGUCGUCGACACUCCCCUCGCGUCCCCGUGCUGCCUCUCUCCUCCCACUACUCCUCGUCCACUAAAUUACUUCUCUCCCACGAGGACGAGGACGUGGAGGAAAGGAGCGGAGCGGCCUCGGCAAGCAGUCACGCCACAGUUGCACAAAGAGAGGACAGCAAGGAAGGCCUACGCGAGGGUCAAAUCAGCUUCUUCGCCCAUGGAAAGAAGCGAGAUUUUAAAGUGUUCUCUGGUAACUGAUUUUGAGGUUUUGGUUUGCUGUUUCAUAACCUAAUCUUGUCUUAACAACCUGAUCUUUACUUUGAACCUCUUUAUACCUGCUUAGUCACCUUCCUCCUCCUCCUUCCCCUUCCUCCUUCCCCUUCCCCUUCCUUCUUCCCCUUCCUCCUUCCCCUUCCCCUUCCUCCUUCCCCUUCCUCCUUCCCCUUCCUCCUUCCCCUUCCUCCUUCCCCUUCCUUCUUCCCCUUCCUUCUUCCCCUUCCUUCUUCCCCUUCCCCUUCCAUCUUCCCCUUCCUUCUUCCCCUUCCCCUUCCUUCUUCCCCCUUCUUCUCACUCAUAAUAUCCACCUUCUUCCUCAAUCUCUUUCUCUAUUUACGAGAUCCUUAAUAAUUCUCUUGAUCGUUUCGCAUAUGUUUUUUUCUUAAUUCCUCAGUUCCAUGCGUCGCUUUUUUUUUAACUUUUUUUUAUUCCCUUGCAUCUGAUUCUCUUUUUCUCACUUCGCUUCAUAAUUCUUUCUUCAUUUGAUUUUCCGCUUCCCUUUUUUCUCUUUUAUCUUCUAUUCGUAACUUUUUUUUCCUACUAAUCACAGUUUUUCCGUUUUCUGAUCCUUUUCUUUCUACUACUGCACUUUUCAUUUUCACACUCCAGUUCUGUUCUGUUGAUGUUCGGGGAAUUAGCCUUUGCAACGGCCCCCCCUGAUUUUCUUUAUUGCGUGUCUUUUAAUUUACCCUUUAAGUCUAAUUUACCCUUCUUUUAAUCUCUCAAACUACCUCUACUUUUUUGCUUCUCCUUCUCUUUCCAAUUAUAUUACAACUUUACUGUCUAUAUUAUUUCUCACAUUAUUUUUUUCUAUUUUUCUAUUUACCAGUCCCCAGUAAUCUCUCUCUCUCUCUCUCUCUCUCUCUCUCUCUCUCUCUCUCUCUCUCUCUCUCUCUCUCUCUCUCUCUCUCUCUCUCUCUCUCUCUCUCUCUCUCUCUUCAUUUUUCUGACACUGUGACAGAAUAGAUUAAUUGAUGUCACGAAUCGAAUUUAUUUUUUACUUUUAUGAAUGUAUCUUUUUUGUGUAUUUGGAACUAGUCUGAUUGAUUCUAUUUCUUUCUUCAGUUCCGGAUUAACGAAAGCAUGCGUGUAGGUUUUACUGUGCAUUUUGUAAUUCCCUUUAUAGAUUUUAACGUUCUCGCUACGAUGAUUUUUUUUAUAUGUAAGAGUCUAGGUGUGCGUGUGCGUGUGCGUGUGCGUGUGUGUGUGUGUGCUUGCUAUUAUUCCAAGUCAUUUUAUCGUCACUCGUUGGAUUAUUCUUUUAUUAAACACUAUUAACAUGUUUUUUUGAUCCCUGUGACUAUGUAAACCUAGCCCCUACGAGUGUGUGUCUGCCUGGGCCACGCUCUGUACUGGUUUUAUUCUCGAUUACAACGGCGAACACGUGAUUGCUUUCAUAUA